AUGUCCCACCUUCUGCACAACCCGUACAACAAGCCCUCUCCGUUCGACCUACCCCGCGUAGUGCAACCGCUCACGCCUCCGGACACCGACAGCGAAUUCCUCGGACAGCCCUUCCGCUCUGCCCCCGUUCAUGCAUCUGCGGCCGAGACUUCCACUCCUUAUUUCCGCAGGCAGCCCUCUGUAUCUUACAUUAGCUCGGGGCUUCGAGACAUCCGCGAGCGGGUCCCCCAGAGGAGCCUGAUCAAAUGGCUUGUCGUCGUGAUACCUCCGCAGUCGUUCUCGACGGAGCAUGGCCACCUGGGACAUACCCUCUCCUCGGGGUCACCCAACCGACUCUCCCAGGGUAUCCUCAUGCCACUGUUCCAACGCACGGCAGGCCUGUGCCUCUACCUGCAGACGACCCACAAUGGAAUCUCCUUGUACCCACGCAUCACAGACGAGUCUUGGCAGCUGCUGUGGUCCCAUCUGUUUGAUGUCCGCGGUACUGGCAUGCAACAGCCUCAGCUGCCCAUCAGCGGUCAGAUCGAAUUUGACAUUGACUUCAGCAAGGCACGCUGGUACGACUCCUGGGUAGCGACCCCCAAGAAGGACUUUGCAGAUGUACCACAAUCUGUGGUUGGUCACUCUCACCGUCCAUCCUUGACGCACUGGAGGGGAGAUAGCAGGACGACUUUCCUGGACGAACAGGCGGAUGACCAGCUGGAAAACAUUUCCAUUGUGCAGCAAACGAAAGCGCCUCGGAUGGUCCCUAAGAAGCUGUCGCUAUUAGACCGUUUCGACUCAUCGACUAUGAUGUCGACGGUGAAGCCCCCGCGGAAUGAUUCCCCGCAGAGUCCACUGUCUGAAGCACAAUAUCGAGUGUUGUCGCCCAUCGCGCAGGAAGAGGAGCCGAAGACCGCACGGAAGGAUGUUGCCAACUAUGUCUCUGAAUGGCGUGCAAGCGCGAAGACCGCUCCGAGCCCGUUGGCUGCGACAGGGCAGACGAGCUUGGAUGCUGCGAACAUGCCUAACACGCUGGUUGACAUCCCGAUUGCCGAAAUGGAGGAUGAUGAGUCCGUGAUGAACCUUGACGAUUAUGCGUGGUCCUCGUGGCGGCUCCCUUCGCCCGACCUCGCACGUCGUCAACUCUCCGAUGCACCUCCCACACCCACGACAGCUACGAGCUGGGGUGCGCCGUUGUCCUACCCGCCUUCACCCGUCUACGGUUACUCCGACUAUGCCCCAUCCGUGGAUCUGGCAGACAGAGCAGAGUUCAGUCGGCCAGUGACGCCCAUGACUGCCACGAGCUGGGGUCCCCCAUCCUACCCACAGUCUCCGAUGUAUGCCUCCUCUGACUACGCACCGUCCGUUGAUCUCGCGGAUAGGGCCACGUUCAGUCGGCCAAUGACGCCCAUGACUGCGACCAGUUGGGGUGCCCCUUCGUACCCAGGAUCUCCGGUUAGUUUACGUUCUGGUUAUGCGGCCUCCAUCGAUCUCGGUGGACGGGCUAUGUCAAGUCGUCCGGCGACGCCAUCUACCGCGACAUCCUGGGGCCCAGCAUCUUGGCCCGCUUCCCCAGUGCAUUACGAGCCGUCCUCUCGUGCUGCGUCGCCCGGAUUGGCCGAUCGUGGUAUGUUGAGUGUUCCUCUCACACCGGCAACUGCGACCUCGUGGGGCGCACCCUCCUACCCCGUCUCCCCAGCAUUCAGCGAGUUCCGCGUAGGCUCUCCCGACCUUGGCGCGCGCAUGCUCAGUGCGCCCUCAUCUCCGCUGCCGUUCAGGCAACGCGAGUCGCCCGUGGAAGAAUCCGCGGUGUCGAACAUGCUCUUCCCGUACUACCGCCUUUGCGGGGCCAACUGGCAGUUCGUCUGGCCGUACGUCGGUGGGGAGUACGUGGACGAGGAGGCCAAGCCUCAGGAGGAGGUCCAACCGUCGAACGCACGCUUCCCUCACUACCGCCUCUCUGGGAACAGGUGGAAGUUUACCUGGCCGUACAUCGGUAGAGAGGGCGCGGAGGAGCCGCUGGAGCCUCAGGAGAAGGCGCAGCCGGCUUCCCUGCUGGUGUUCCCUUACUACAGCGUGCGUGAGCGUCGUCCGAGCCCGGUUCCGGCCAAGCAGGCCACCGCUCCUCCUCCCCCGCCACCGCCGUCUCGUAUGGUCUUCCCGUACUACGAGGCUCCGAACACUAUGUGGAAGCACGUCUGGCCGUACCAGGCGCAGGCGGAGCGGCAGGACCCGAUCGCGGCGAAGUAUCCGUACUUCAACCUCUACCCCGCGGCGUAUCCUGCUUUUGACCUUUAUCCCGCUGCGGUCAGCAUUGUGCCUACGAAGAAGGACAAGGAGAGACCUGUGGUGCUGAAGGGAUCGUAUGCUGCGUUCAACCUCUACCCCGCAGUGUACCCUCACUUUGAUAUCUACCCUGCAAAGGCACAGAGAGAAACGGAGCUCCAACCCUCAAUUGCGGCUGCGGUGAAGCCCGUGAUUCAGGUGAAACUUGCUGCUCGCUAUCCCUGCUUCGACCUGUAUCCCGCCGUCUACCCUGGGAGCCUGGAGAAGAUCUAUCCGGAUGUGAAAAUGGAAUCCGCGUCCAAGGGUGUCGUCACGAAGCUGACGGCUGCGUAUCCUGUGUUCGACAUCUAUCCGGCAGCCUACCCUCACAGCAUGGUUUCCAUCUAUCCGGCGACACGGGUCAAGGACACGACUGAGCGGCCUGUGCGUGCAGCUGUGGUAUAUCCCCACUUCGAUAUAUGCAAGGCAGCUGCUUUUGUGGUAGGCAUCACGAAGACGGAGAAGUCCAAGGUCCACAUCAAGUUGGCUUCGCAGUACCCGACAUUUGACUUGUACCCUGCCGUGUACCCCACAGUCUUCGUAGCAUUUAUCCGGCGCAUGGAAUCAACGAGGACAGUGCGCGCAGCUUCAUUGUCGACCUCCCGGCUGUCUACCCGUCACUUGUUAUCUACCCUGCUGUGUAUCCUCGGAACCUCGAGUCUUUUAUCCUUUCUCGGGACGGUUCACCAACGACCCGGUGACGCGAAUGCGAAGACCAUCUCCACUGCGCUUGAUGUGGCUAUCCGCAAUUCGACCUGUGCUAAGGCGAGUGUGACCACACAAGGUUUAGAGUUUGUCUCCUGCAUCUACACUUGCCCAUACACAGAUGUGGAUCCCUUCCUGAUGCUUCACCCUGAGCUCGCCGACGGGUACUCUGCAGGGUCUGAGGUUCGACGGGAGGUCAACAUCAGGGCAGCUAGAUAUCCCAUCUUCAAUAUCUAUCCUGCAGUCUACCCCUCCUUCGAUAUCUACCCGGAAGCCGCUGGGGAAAGUAGCUACACUCGGCGGGAGGUGAAGGUGAUGCUGUGUGAGAUGAGAUAUCCGGCGCUGGAGAUCUACCCCGCUGUCUACCCCUCCUUCAAUGAGAAGUCCCUCAAGCUGAAGCGGGAACUGCGCGUGAGCCUAGCAGACACGGACCCUGCCGUAUAUCCUCAUUUCGAGCUGUAUCCUGCUAUAUCGGGCACCUUGUCGUCUGAACCUGUACGCGAGUCGGUCUCGAGCGGGGCGACUACUUGUUAUCCGGUCUUCGACAUAUAUCCUGCGGUCUACCCCAACUUUUCCAUCUAUCCGCGUGUCUGGGUUCCUGCGCCUGUCGUGACCAGGAAACAAUUUGCGUCUGCCGUAGCUCAACCACCACGCUACGCUCCCCGGCGCAAGGCUAGGUUCACCCAUGCGCAGCUACACGAUCAGGUGUUCAGCGAUACGCUCGACGAUACGUGCGAGGAAGAAGAGCUUUGGGAAAUGAUCACACCUACAGUCGUCCAACCUGUCUCUGUCCGAAUGUCUUACGCGCCCCCAGUCCUGGUCUUCGCACACAUCGCCAAUGCAGAAGCGGCAGACAAGGUCGCGCCUCUUCCUCAGCAAUCGGAACAGCCCGUCGUUCGACGGUCUCGCUCCGGGUCGCUGCUGAACCGGACGAUCCCACCACCGAAACCCACGGAUCCAUCUAUGCUGAAGCCACCACCGCCUCCCGCUCGCUCAAGUAGCUUGCGUCAUUCCCCGGUGAACUCUAGGCUUUCUGUGGCCCCCGCAGGGCUUUCGGGGCGCCCGACAUCCGGCAUGGGGCUGCCAUCGCACCCAGCGGCAUUGAGGAGGGCUUCUUCCGUCGCUAACGGGCCAAGACCGAUGUCUUCAGUGAGCCCGACACUGCGGACUGUCGCAGAACCCGGCGAGGAGAGGCCAGCAGCCUACCGCAGGGUAGCACCUAGGGACUCUAUGGAGACUAUGCGGGACUCGAGCAGGCCUAUGAGCCGAAUCAAUGUGGACGUUCGGAAGAACACACAGGCUCCGCGGUUGAGUGUCGAGCCUCCGACGCAGCCCGAUUUGCAGUUUGGUCUCGAGCUGGGUCGCUCGAAUACGACGCCCGCGUCGCAGACGGGGCGCAGUGGAAGGCGGAUGAGCAUCGUUAUGGAGAAGGCGAUGGCGUUUGGUCAAAACAACUCGGCGACGAAGUCGACCACGGAAGAGAACCCGGCGCGCAUUACCAUGACGGCUUUGUCGCGAUUCCCUACCCCUCCUCAGCCACCUCUUCCAACUGGCGCGCCACCGAAGGGGAGAGCUAUCUCCAAGCUAGACCGGUCCAAGUUUCCCUUCGUUUGA